AUGGCAAUGCCGGCAACCGCGGCUGUCUCCCCUCCCCUUUGUCUUCCUUUCUCUUCUUCUCUCUCUCCCUCCACCUGCAAUUCCAUUCUCCAUUCCCAUUCUACGGAUUCUGUUCGAUCCCGAAGCCAUCACUACAAACUUUCUUCUUCUUUCCAGCUGAAGCGGAUCCAACCCGAGUCCCUCGCCUUCGCGCUCGAGCAGUCCGCGGAGAAGGGAUCUCUCCGAGAAGGAUUGCAAAUUCAUGCUCGCCUCCUUCGCCUCGGCCUGCUCACCUGCGAUGACGCCAACCACCUCUUCCACCACCUCCUCCUCCUCCUCUACUCCUUUGCUGGGCGGCCUGACUCCGCCGCUGCGGUCCUCCGCCUUAUCCCUUCCCAUAUACUCACAACUUUCUUUUUUAACACGGUCAUCCGCGACCUCGCAGCUUCCUUCCCGGAGCUUGCGCUCCACGCUCACGUACUGAAAUAUGGUCUUCAGCAUCACAAUGUCUUCUGCGCCACCGCACUUCUUGAUCUGUACGCUAAACUGGCUCCUCUAUCAGAUGCGCGCAAAUUGUUUGAUAGAAUUCCCAACAGAAAUGAGGCUACUUGGAAUUCAAUGAUUGCAGCGCUUGUGGAAAACGGGUUGCUGGAGAGCGGAUUGGAAAUGUUGGAGAUGAUUGAAGACGAUGGGUUCCAGGUUGGUGUUAGCAGCUGGAAUUCAUUUCUUGCUGGCUGUGUUCGCUCAGGGAACGUCGAGCUUGCUUGGGAGAUUCUUGUAGAGAUGGUUUCUAGAUCAGCAAUGAGUAUGAAUGCAGCCACAUUUAACACCCUUCUUCCUGUAAUUCCUGAAAUUCCUUUAAAUUCGCUCAAGGAGCUGCAUGGCUUUGCUCUGAGGAAACUAGAGAUAACGGAGAUGACUCUAGUUGAUAAAGAUCGAUUGUUGUCGGCAUUAACAGCUGGAUAUAGUAUCCAUGGAUUGAUGGACUAUGCUUUUCGGCUCUUUGAUAGUCUUAACUUGAAGAGUCCCCAUCUAUGGAUUUCCAUUAUUUCGGGUCUGUUCACAUGUAAUCGAGCAGAUGAAGCAUUCGUUGUGUUCCGUGAGAUGUCUUCUCUGUGCGUUCAAGCUGCUCAAACACUCUCAAGAACAUCCUUAUCAUUACUCCUUUCAGAAUGCUCCCCAACGUCAAAAACUGGAUUAGAGAUCCAUGGCUAUGCAGUAAGAAAAUGCCUAGAUUCGAGUACAUCUGUAGGCAAUGCCCUCAUGGCCAUGUAUUCUAAGAAGGGUGACAUGGACUCAACUCUCAAAAUCUUUGAGAAAAUCCUUGAAAAGGAUGUAGUCUCAUGGAACACAAUGGCUGCAACCUAUUCUGCAGCCCAUGAUGUUGAUAAGGCAUUCGAGCUCUUCCAAUGCAUGCUUGCUGAAGAAAUCGAACCAGAUGAAUUCUCUUUCAGCUCCAUCCUCAAGAGUUGUGGCCAUUCAACUCAUCUUGUUCAAGCAACAACAUUGCAUGGGAGAAUGAUCAAGAGCGGUGUCUCUCAAUCAUUCAUGGUGGGUCCAUUCUCUCAUGGAUGCCUAUGGGAAAUGUGGGUGCUCAUCAGACGUCAGAAAAGUUUUUGAAGGAAUGGAUUCUCGUGAUAUUAUUUCUUGGAACACCAUCAUCUCCUGUUACGGUUUCAGCGAUUAUCCUCACGAAGCUUUACUACUUUUCGAAGAGAUGAAAGCAGAAGGUUUUCAGGCCAACAGAGUCACCUUCGUUGCUCUCCUAACAGCUUGUAGUCAUGCAGGGAAGCUCAAAGAGGGUUUCCAAUUCUUCGAAGCAAUGAGGAAGCAAUAUGGAAUCAUUCCUGAUGUAAGCCACUAUGCUUGUCUGGUGGAUUGCAUGGGAAGAAUAGGAGAACUUCAUGGGGCGUAUGAAUUCAUUAAAAAUAUGCCUAUUGAACCUGAUGACUGUGUUUGGAGUGCGUUGCUUAGUAGUUGCAGGAUUCAUGGUGAUUUGGAUCUAGCAGAAGUAGCAGCUAGCCAUCUUAUACAGUUGAAGCCACAACAUUCAGGAUAUUGGGUUCUUCUAUCUAACAUAUAUGCUGAUGCUUCCAGGUGGGAUGAUGUGGCUAAAGUGAGAGCAGCCAUGAAAGAGGCGAGUGUGAAGAAGUUUCCAGGUUAUAGCUGGAUUGAAAUUAGUCAGAGUGAGGUGCACCAGUUUCUUACUGCGGAUAAAUCUCAUAAAAAUAGUGGUGAUAUUUAUCUUGCUCUGGAAGGACUGACCUUGCAGUUGCAAGAUGAGGGUUAUGUCCCCCGCCUGGAUUUGAAGUUUUCUUGGAAGGGCUCAUUUGAUUGCUUGAAGUCAUAGUUUAGUGUGAAAUCCUGAUCCCAGCCCCAGAAUCAAAACCUUCCUUCGAGCCUGUAUCCCGAUAUUGAGAAAUUCCAAUUCAUAACAAGCAUGAGGAUUCAUGAGAAAAUAAAAGGGAUCCAUCCACUUGUUCCCGCUGACAGUGG